GCUGCGAUGGUCAUGCAAGAAAUUGGAAUUUCAGAGUUUGUAUCAAGCCUUCCACCUGCGAAGAGAGCUGUGGGAUUUUCCAAACUACGAAAGAAUCAUAUUGUCCUAGCAGGCACGAUAUUCGCUUUUAAUGCCUCCCUCGGCGCGUCACUUCCCUCUGGAAGCUCACCUGUCAUCGCAGAAGCAUUCCAAGUGUCCGAAAAUGACACACGCAUUGUCCUCUUGAACUCCCUCUACCUCGUGGGCUUUGUGGUUGGUCCACUAUUCUUCGGCCCGUUAAGCGAAUGUAUAGGUCGCCGACCAGUCUUCAUCGGAACAUAUCUCGCAUACACAUGUUUCACCCUCGCAUGUGCACUGUCACCCACAUUCACGUCUUUGUUGGUCUUCAGAUUUCUCUCCGGAGUAAGCGGAUCUGCCCCCAACGCGAUUCUAAGUGGACUAUACAGCGAUAUCUACAAUGAGCCCAACCGACGUGGCAGGGCAAUGGCUAUCUUCAUGUUCACGGCAAUCGCCGGACCGAUGGCCGGCCCUUUAGUCUCGGGGUUUACGGUUUUACUGUCGUGGCGCUGGGUCUUUUGGGUUGCGUUGAUCAUUGCCGGGGCUGGGGUUCCAGUUAUACUGCUCCUUCCAGAGACAUAUCUACCCAUCCUUCUCGAGAAGGAAAAGAAGAUGAGCCUCCAUGUUGGUGGUGACCAGAGUCACAGAGCAAAAGACCAGUUUUCGCCCUCAAAGAUAUUCAUUCGACCAUUUUUGAUGCUGUUGAGGGAGCCAAUCGUGUCAUUUACUUCCCUAUAUCUCUCGGUGGUCUAUGGAGUACUUUUCUUGUUCUUCCAGGCUUACCCGAUUGUCUUCAAAGGAUUGUAUGGACUUUCAAACAGUGUUAAUGGACUCGCUUUUAUCCCCAUGAUUUUCGGUGCCUUUCUCGGUCUUUGCUUUGUGUUCAUAUAUGCUUCAUACCAUAGCAAGGCUCUGGCAGCAGGCCAAUCAUGGGCUUCAGUUGAAGAAUAUCGCCGACUUCCACUUGCAUGCGUCGGUGCACCAUUAAUUGUCGUUGCGCUUUUCUGGCUUGGAUGGACCUCUUAUAAAUCCAUACAUCCUGCUCUGCCAAUGAUGGCAGGCAUAUUCUUCGGCUGUGGCUAUCUACUCGUCUUCACUGCAAUGCUAAACUACCUUACGGAUGCAUAUAAAGAGUCUUCGGCCUCUGCACAGGCAGCGGCUAGCGCUACAAGGGCUAUAAUGGCAGUCGUGCUGCCAUUCGCGGCCAACCCAAUGUACACCAAUUUAGGUAUUCACUGGGCGAGCUCGCUUUUGGGGUUUCUGGUUUUUGUAUUGGCUUGGAUACCCUUUGCUUUCAUCAAGUACGGCAGAUUGAUCAGGCAGAAAAGCGGCAUUGCUGUAGAGCCGCGUGAAUAG